AUGAUGCCUAUCCGACCGUCAAGGAGUACCUUGCGUACCCUGCCUACACAGAGACAGCUGGUCUCAAAUCGCAGGCAUUUUUCCACUACUCUCAUCGCUGGUGCUGUGUCGCCCCACCGUACCUCUGGGACGUUUGUGAAUCCCAAACGAGGACAGAGUACAGCUACUGCUUCAUCAGAUGCUCGUCCCGUGCCUAGUCCUGCCUUCAACCAAGAGCGACCAAAUGUGUCUCCCUUGGAGAACCGAAAACUACCUGAGCUCGAUGACUCAUUCGUCGGACUCAGCGGUGGCGAAAUCUUUCAUGAGAUGAUGCUGAAACUGGGUGUCAAGCAUGUCUUUGGCUACCCUGGCGGUGCAAUUCUACCUGUCUUCGACGCCAUCUAUAACUCCAAGCACUUCGAUUUUAUUCUCCCUCGCCAUGAACAAGGUGCCGGCCAUAUGGCCGAAGGUUACGCUCGUGCAUCUGGAAAGCCCGGUGUCGUCCUAGUCACCUCCGGCCCUGGUGCUACCAACGUGAUUACCCCAAUGCAAGAUGCAUUGUCCGAUGGAACCCCCAUGGUCGUUUUCUGCGGUCAAGUACCCACUUCCGCCAUUGGUACCGACGCUUUUCAAGAGGCCGACGUUGUCGGUAUCUCUCGCCCUUGCACCAAGUGGAACGUUUUGGUGAAGAGCGUGGCUGAACUUCCCCGACGUAUCAAAGAAGCCUUCGAGAUUGCGACCAGCGGGCGCCCAGGUCCCGUCUUGGUUGACCUACCCAAAGAUAUCACUGGUGGUAUCCUUCGCAAACCCAUCCCAAUGAACAGCACCUUACCCUUCUACCCCACUACUGCCAGCGAGGCUGCUCGUGCUCUUGGGCGUCAUAACCUCGAAAACACCCUCGACCGUGUCGCCGAUCUCAUUGGCGUCGCCCAAAAGCCUGUUCUGUACGUUGGCCAGGGCUUGUUGGCCCGUCCCGAUGGUCCCAAACUCCUCAAAGAGUUCGCCGACAAGACCUGUAUCCCCGUUACCACCACUCUCCAAGGGUUGGGAGGCUUUGACGAGCUUGACCCCAAGUCCCUCCACAUGCUCGGUAUGCACGGAUCUGCCUACGCCAAUAUGGCUAUGCAAGAGGCCGACUUGAUUAUUGCUUUGGGUGCACGUUUCGAUGACCGUGUCACUCUCAAUGUUGCUCGUUUCGCUCCACAAGCCAAGGCAGCCGCUUUGGAAGGCCGUGGUGGAAUCGUCCACUUCGAGGUGAUGCCAAAGAACAUCAACAAGGUCGUUGAAGCCACCGAGGCUGUUGAGGGUGACUGCGCCGAGAAUUUGGCAUUGCUCAUUCCUAAAGUCAAGCCUGUCGCGGAAAGACCAGAGUGGUUCGCUCAGAUCAAUGACUGGAAGAAACGCUUCCCAUUGACGCUAUAUGAAGAACAGACUCCUGAAGGCCCUAUCAAGCCCCAGGCUCUUAUCCACAAGCUCAGCGAAUUGACUGCUCCUAUCAAGGAUCGCACUGUUAUCACAACUGGCGUAGGUCAGCAUCAGAUGUGGGCUGCUCAGCAUUUCCGAUGGCGCCAUCCUCGCACUAUGAUCACAUCUGGCGGUUUGGGUACUAUGGGAUUCGGAUUGCCUGCCGCCAUUGGUGCUAAAGUUGCUCGUCCCGAUGCUCUUGUUAUUGAUAUCGACGGUGAUGCUUCUUUCAACAUGACUUUGACCGAAUUGUCGACUGCCGCGCAGUUCAACAUUGGUGUUAAAGUCCUUGUGCUUAACAAUGAAGAACAAGGCAUGGUUACACAAUGGCAGAAUCUGUUCUACGAAGACCGUUAUGCCCACACGCAUCAGAAGAACCCUGACUUCGUGAAGCUCUCAGAAGCCAUGGGCGUACAAGCUCAGCGAUGCAGCAGGCCCGAAGAAGUUGAGGAGAAGCUGAGGUGGCUCAUUGAAAGCGACGGCCCUGCGCUUUUGGAAGUCUUUACUGAUAAGAAGGUCCCUGUCCUGCCUAUGGUUCCUGCCGGCAGCGCCCUUCACGAAUUCCUUAUAUAUGACGAAGCCAAAAAUAAGGAGCGGAAAGCUUUGAUGAAGAAGCGUGGUGUGACCCAGAUGUAAUUCCCCCUUAGUCUUCAAUAGCUUCUUGGGGAAUUGCACUAUCGUCUCCGUCCUACCAUAUGCUGUUUGAUCAUUUUGCCGUCUCAUUUUCUGCGACUUACGGAUAUCCUGGCGUUGUUGGAUUGUUACUUUCAAAAGCUUUAUCUGCCACCACAGAACUGUACUUUGAUCUACUGUCGGACCUCGUGCGUCUUCAUGUCGAAGUCCUGGGUUCGACUUUACAUUUUUCUUUUCCUCUUUGAUUGGAGCUUCAUGGUUUUCUGAGGUUAUGAUAUGUGUAUAUAGCAUGGGUUUAACAUUUAAGGACCCUCGAGCCGCGGAAUAUGAUCUCAGAAACUCAAAAGUAAUAAAUAUGCUUCUGGACACA